CUCGUGCUCUCGGUGAACAGCUGUGACGGCUUUUAACGGAAACUUUAAUAUUUGUGUUUGUGCCGUUAAACAAACUCUCGUCGUGUUUCCGGUUCGGACAGAUGUUUGUUUUCCCUCUGAGUUAUCGACACAAACUAACGUCAUUUAACCCGGUGUGUAUCAGCGGGUUUCCAUGGAGACCGAGGAUUAACUAACCCAACCUGGCUAACGUUAGCAAAGCCUGUCCUCAGCCUGUCCAGCGGUCUGCUCCAGAGAUGGAGGAGCAGAGGGAGACAGGAGGAGGUGCAGAGUCCCGGGAGAAAGGAGGAGGUAUCAGGUGCAUAACGGAGGAGUUGUUGUUGAAGCUGACAGGCUGUCAGUCUCUGUCUCUGGUUCGUUCCCUCAAUCUGUCCUCAGCUGGAGACAAACAGAUCAAGUUCAUAGAGAACCUCCACGGCUGUCAGCGUCUGCAGGUUUUAAACCUGAACAAUAACCUGAUCCAGAGGAUGGAGAGACUGAGCGCUUUGACUCAGCUCAGAGAGCUGCAGCUGGCACACAACAACAUCCAGAGGAUCGAGGGACUGGAGCUCAUGUCCAGUCUGCAGUAUCUGAAUCUGUCCCACAACAGGAUCGACCACGUUCCUGCGUGGCUCGGGAAGAAACUGCACUCACUGCACACACUCCACCUGCAGCACAACCUCAUCACCUCUCUGUACGAGGUGUCCAGACUGCGUUCUCUGAGCAGCAUAUCAGAGCUGUCUGUGUCAGGAAACCCCGCCUCCUCGCUGCCACACUCCCGCCUCUUCCUGCUCUACCACGUCAGGACUCUGGACAGGCUGGACGACCUGGUGGUCACCCAGGAGGAGAGAGGACACGCCCACCAACGGUUCAGCACCGAGGAGUUGGAGCGUCUGCAGCGGGAGGUGGACAGCAGCCAAUCAGAGCUGCAGGCUGCAGUGACUCGACUCCACCAGCAGGAGGAGACAAACCGAACACUAACGGCUCGCACGGAAACACAACGACAGCAACACACACUGCUGGAGGAAGAGCUACACACCAAGAGUCAGCUGUUGGAGAAGACGACAGUUGAGUUGACCCGAGCCUUUCACAGACUGUAUGAACUGGAGCAGGAGCUGGCUUUCUACAAGAUCGACACCAAACUCAGCCCCCUGCCCGCCUGCAGCCUGCAGGAAGUGGACUCUGUGGACUCUGUGGCUGAGAGUCCAUACAUCGGCAAGGCUCGACAUGUCAGGAACAUCAUCACCUCCACCCCCCGAAACUCCUCCUCCUUCUCCUCCUCCCUGCAGACCCACGAGGGUUCAGACGUUCACACUGACAUGGAGACAUCACGCCCCUUGCUGGAGGACUGCAGGACAGAGCAGAGUAAAGAUGAGGAUGAGCUCCUGCAGUGGGCCCAUCAGACCGAGCAGCAGCCAGCAGCAGAACACCCCGAGCCUGAGCCAACCACAGCACAUAGACAGCAGGAGGCGCUGUGUCGUCUCCUCAGUAAGCUGUCUGUCCUGGAGCAGCUGAGAGACGAAGCUGACGAGACACGAAGACAGAUGGACAGACAGACAGAUGAGAGCAGGAGGACAGAGAGAGAGACAGCAGAGCUGGAGACACAGCUGCUGACACUGGACACCGCAGACCCUCAACAUGCCCAUGUGACCGCCCGGCUGUCCCAGUGGAGACGGCUGUUGGACGGGAUGAGCGGGAAGCAGAGCGAGCUGGAGGGUCGCCUCGACGACAUGCUGUCACGCAUCGCCAUGGAGACGCAGGAGAUCAAGGAGCUGGAGCAACAGCUGACCGACGGUCAGAUUCUGGCAAACGAAGCUCUCCAGAGGGAUCUGGAGGGGAUCAUCUCUGGUCUUCAGGAGUACCUGAGAGGUCUCAGAGAGCAGGCUCGUCGUGCUCAGCAGCAGGUUCACAGUCUGCAGGCUGAGAAUCAGAGUCUGCAGCUCCACCUGGAGGACACUCAGAGACACUGCAGACGGCUGGAGGACACCGUCAGGACACACACACAGGACAUGUCUGUCCAGCAGGAGGAGGUGUCUUUGUUGCGGUUGGAGGCGGAGGCUCUCAGAGACCAACAGGUGGAGAGCAGCAGACAGCAGGUGGAGCUAGAGACGGAGCUCCAGCAGCUGAGGGAGGAGCUAAACCGACAGACCACAGAGGGGCAGCUGCAGUGUGAGUCUUUGCAGGAAGCUGCACACAAAGAGAAACAGAGCAGAGACAUCAGAGAGUUUGAGCUGCAGUCAACCAUCGACACACUGCAGGAUGAGAAAUCAUCUCUUCAGGAAACAGUCCAGAGAUUUCAGGUCCAGCUAGACCAGACCAGGACUCAGUUACAGCAGACCAGGACUCAGUUACAGCAGACCAGGCACCAGUAUAAAGACAGCAGGACCCACGUGGAUCAGAGCAGAGUCCAGCUGGACCAGAUCACAGCUGCUCUGUUGGAUUCUCAGGAGGUUCAGAGUGGACCAGAAGAGCUGGAUGAGGACCAGUACAGUCCUGAGGACAUGUUGUCCAGGAGUGUGGAGCAGCUCUGCAGGGCGAUCCAGCAGACCAGAACCAGCAGAGACCAACAAGACCAUCACCACAGCCACGAGCAGGUAGCCAGACUGCAGGCCCAGGUGGCCCAGGAUCAGGACCGGAUAGCCCAGCUGGAGGCCCAGCUGGAGGCCCGGGGGCUUGCCGGUGUGGAGCAGGAGCAGGAGCCAGACUGGAGGCUGAAGGAGGAGCUGGAGACACUGAGAGUCAGACUGCAGACGUCUCAGAGCAGCAACAGACACAUCCAACACAAACUGGAGGCGGAGCUGGAGCAGAGCGGUCUGCAGCUUCAGGACGUCCAGCACGAGAGAGACACGCUGCUACAGCAGCUGCGUUCACAGAGUGAAGGUCACCAGAGGAGCCUCGCACGUCUCAACAGGAAACUACGGCAGCUCAGCAGGUCCAUGAGUGACUCUGAUCACCUGACUGCAGAUCAGCUGAGGGCGACCUCUGAACAGCUGAGAGCUCUGAACCACAUGGUGGAGCUGCUGCACGCACAUGCACGGCAGGACGCUGCAGAGGAGAUCGACGGCAGCUUUCACCAACCUGAAGGAAGCUCAGAGAGACGGAGCGAACACACACCAACACCGCAGUGUGAACACACACACACGGUGGAGGAGCUGAGGGCGGAGCUGGAUAACGCUCAGAGACACACACACAGGCUGAGACAGAAACUGGACCGGAUCAGAACCAGGACCAGGACCAGGAGCAGGACCAGGAGCAGGAGCAGGAGCAGAGAUGGAGGACAGUGGUGUUUUGUCCCUCCAGGACACAGUGCUCCCAGUCUGGGCUCUCUGGGGACUCAGGACUCUGGUUUGGGGCUGCAGUACCUCAGUUCUCCUGAGAGGGGGCGACAGCAGGACAGACCGCCCACAGGAGGAGGCUACUGGGUCUACAUCCCCCCCACACACACCGACUCUGACACAGCAGCAGCAGAGUGGAGGGACAGCGGAGGAGGAAGUGACAUCGAGAGGAGCUCCAGAGGACAGACUCCUCCUCCUCCUCCUCCUCCUCCUGACCCUGCUGCAGCUGUCUCUGAUGGUCAGACUCCCCUGGUCGGACCUGCCUGGCUCCUCUGUGGUUCUCCUGCAGGAGGCGCUGUGCUGCACUGUAACGUCCCCGAGCACAGAGACAUGAGAGACAGGUGUGUGUGUGAGUGUGUGCACAAAGAAGCAGAGCGACUGGAGGAAGAGAAGAAGAAACUACGACUGGAAACCAAACAGCUACGACACACACUGAGACAACACAGGAGUGUGAUGCAGGUGUGUGAUGAGGUGGAGUGUGUAGAGAAAACCCUGCUGAAGAGACGAGCUGAACUCCGACAGGCUGACCGACUGCUGCUGGAGGCUCAGAGCUGCAUACACACCACCAGGGACAAGGCCAGCUCAACUCAGCGGGACGUCAACAUGUUGCAGUGCUCGGCUCAGGACGGUGCCACCUGUGUUCUGGAGGCCACACAGCACAUCAGAGUGCUGCAGGAGGAGGUGGAGGAGCUGAGGAGAAGGAGACAGGAGGAAGAGCAGAGUCUGAUGGGGCUGGAGGAGGAGCUGAGGAGCAGGAAGGAGGAGCUCCAACAGCUGGGAACAAAACUACACUCAGCGUCAGACAGGUUAUCUGACGUGCUGUCAGACCUCCAGGAGUCUCAGUCAAGUCUAAACUCACUCAAUAUUCAGGUGGAGCAGCAGGAGCAGAGGCUGGCUCAGAGGAGGGAGGAGCAUCAAACAGCUGUGAACAGAGUGCAGGAGGUCAGAGAGGAGGAGCAGCGAGUGAAGGACAGAGUCAAGGAGCUAACGGAGCAGCAGGAGGCUCUGCUGAGUCAGAGGAGCUCAACAGUGUCUGCUUUGAGAGAGGACGAGCUGAGACUGAUCUCAGUGCAGUCUGAACUCAACACACACAGAGCAGAUCUGAAACAGGUCCUUCAGGAGUUACUCACAGAGCAGCAGGCGCUGGAGGAAGUAAAAACCAAACGCACCCAGAGUGUCCAGCGGCUCCACAGGAAGCAGGAUCAGCUGGACAGACUGCAGGACGAGGUGGACAGGACGAAGGAGGAACUGGACAGACUACAGGACGAGGUGGACACGAUGAGGGACGAGUUGGACGGGACACGGGAGGAAGUGAACAAGAGGAAGGAAGAGCUGGAAAAGAUGCAGCAGGAAGUGGACAGGAAGAAGGAUGAAGUGGACAGGAAGAAGGAAGAGCUGGCUGAGCUGAAACAGGAAGUUGAAUCUCACAGCAAAGAAGCAGAGAUCAUUCUUAAAGAGAUGAAACAACAACAGACUCACCUGCAGGACCUGCAGGAGGAGCUGAGCAGGAGGAGGGAGGAGAGGAGCAGCCUGCAGGCGCAGUGUAAACACCUGGAGGCCAGACGGAGGCACGCUGACAGGAGUCUGUCAGCAGUGGAGGAGGAGCUUACUAAAAAGAGGGAGGAGCAAAGCCACGCCCAGCUCCACAAACAGGAAUUGAUCAGAGAUACAGCAGCCACUCAGGAGCAGCUUAAUGAGAAUUCAGAGCUGUUGUCUCUGCUCAGUGAACGGGUGGAGGAGACGAAGAAACACCUGCAGAGCCUGGAACAGGAGCUGAAUGUGUCUGGUCAGCUGCAGCAGCAGAGAGCAGAGCAGCUGAAGGAGCUGGACAGACAGAUAGAAGACAGACAGGCUCUGUGUGUUGGACUGGAGGAGGUUAAUACUGCAGUGUGUCAGUUGGAGGACAGGGGGCGCCGUAUCUCUGAGCAGCAGCAGCAGCUCCAUCAGCUCAAGGAGGAUCUGUGGCAGAGAGAGAAACAGCUGAUCCACCAGGAGGCGGUCCUGAAACAGACAGAGGAGGAGCUGCAGUUGAAAGAAAAGGAGCUGAAACAUCAGAGGGAGGAGCUAAAAUACCAGGAGGAGGUGUUACAGUUCAAAGGGGAGGGGCUAACAAAGAAACGUGAGGAGCUUCGUGAGGACGAAUGUCUCGAGACAGAAGAGGAGGACAUCAGGGAGGCGUCUGAGGAAGAGGAGGAGGAGUCUUUCUACCUGUCUACAGCUGGUCUGAGAUCUGCCUUCAGCUCUGAGGAGGAGAGGUGGAAGGUGGAACUGCAGAAAGAAAAACUGAGACAACAAGAGGACCGACUGAAGGCUCGUCUUCGCUGCAGUUUGUGGAACCAGCAGGAGAAUCUGAAGGUGAGACGACUGGAGGCCGAGGAGAGUUUACUGGGACUGAAGCACAGACUGGACCAGCUGGACUCGCUGCUCACACACACACCAUGACACACACACACACACACACACACACACACACACGAGUCAUGUUAGAGACUGUACAGAUACGAAACAUCCAGGUUUGUUUAUGAGGAAAAACUCAUGAAACACAUCUGAAACUUGUGCUUUGCAUCGACACGCUGAGCUGUGAAGUCCAUCAGCCAACUCUCUGAGGUCAAGACUGAACUUUCAGUCUCAACUUUAUGCUUCCUGAAUUGUUGCUACAGUCAAUCAGAGCGCCGACAUUACAUCACAGAGGGUUAGGGUUAACCUGAACUCCUCGUCACUGAAGACGUUUCUCUGCUGAAACACUGAAGAUAAAUUUCACCUGUGUGUGUGUGUGUGUGUGUGAAGUUUGUUUGUUGCUCAUUACUUCAGUGACUGAUGGACAAACACUCAGACCACAGGGGGCAGUAACGAGUCUGUUCAGGCUUCAUGCAGCAGAAUGAAGAACUCAGUAUUGAGACGUGUGUCACACUGUGUGCACACGCCACUUUAUUUUACAGUGUUGAAAUAUCUUAUUUAUUGUUGAUGUUUACAGUGACAUUAAUGAACAUCAGCGUCUUUGUGGCCUUUAACACUUGGAUUUAUUUACUGUUUGUGUUUAACUGUUUGUUGUUUUUGUUUGUUGUCACUGUAAUGUUGUUACUCUGUCUGACAUCAUACUGUCUGUAUGACAUCAAACGAUAUGAUGUGUCUGAUUGUCUGAAAGCCAGUCGACCUCUCAGGUCCUGAGGAAAUGAGCAUGAUGAACUCUGCAGACGUUUGGUUUCAGACUGAGCAGCUGAUCAGAGACUUUACAGACGUCUCUCAGUUUAUGAAAACUUCAGCUUCUCAUCAGACCCUCCCUCAUCAGAUCUUUCCUCCCUCAUCAGAUCUUUCCUCCCUCAUCAGAUCUUUUCUCUGACAACCAUCAUGUCUGAUAUUAAAAACUGUUUAACUGUCUGGUUUAAUAGAUUUUGAUCUUUUCAAAUAUAUUUUUCAGCCUCACUGAGGAGUAAAAACAAAAGGUUUCAUCCCAGAUUCUCAACAAUGAGUGAAAACUGUGACAUUAACCUGUGAGAUGAGCGACAGGUCGGACUGAUGUAAUAAAUAUACAGAGUGUUAUUAUUAUUAUCACAGGUUUCAUGUAAUGUACCAGAGAAAAGUCUUCAGUGAUGAAGAUGAACGCUUCAUUUCACACCUGUGUUACAGCAGGUCUCUGUGGGCUGAGGCAAAGCGCUGAUGCUGCGUUCAAGUCAAAUGGGACAAAUGGUGGCGGGUCAGAGAGGUGACGACGACAGCAGAGUUAAAAACACAGAACUUUAUAUUUGGGUUUAAACGUCAGGCUGCUUGUGUCAGAUGUUGGAUGCUGAAGUGGACUCUAAUAAUUACAGUCACUCCCAUGUGACAUGAACGCAGCAUUAACAUCACUGUUUGUGACUGUAACUGAAUAUUUCUGACGUCUGUGAACGCAACAGCACUGAGCUGAAGCUUGUGGUGCCUUCAUGAACACAAAACAGAUUUUGUAAUAUUGGCUGUAUGAAUAUGAAUAUGAAUGUAUGAAGAUGAUAUUAAAGACUUCCUGUUGAACGAAACA